GCCGUCGAACGACAAUGAAGGGAAGAAGCGAGAAGGGGACAAAAAAACUAUUAACAGGGAAAAUAUUCGCUUUGAAUAAUAACACUGCACUUAGUUCUACGAAGAGUUAAUUUUUAUAUUUGCAGUUGAAAAAAUCGAAUUACUUUGUUUUCUAGAAUUAAAUUUUCUAUUUGUUUUAUUUAGCUUCUAUUACUGCCUCCUUCAUCGUUGGUGGAGCUUGCAAACAAUAGAGCCUAAACCGGCCAAACGACGUACCCCCUUCGAAACGUCGCAGAAAAAACAUUACCUGUUCUUAAUUGGAACUCGUAAAAUUGUUGAUUUAAAGAAUUCUUUUUUGAACACAAGAAUAUCUCAUUAUAAAAUUUGAAGUCUUUUAGACUUCAGAAUUCUUCCAUGAUGGAAUGGAAGAAUAAUGCACCAGAAGGAAAAAAUAAUAAAGCUCCUAAUAACCAGAAUAGAAGAGUUGCGGGAGGAAAUAAAAAAGCCAAUGAUACUGUGGAAUAUUUUGGGUCCUCUCAAAAAUCAAAAUCUAAAAGAAAGCCUAAGAAAGAAAGUAAAAUGAUUAAUAUUGAAGAGUUUGUUUGCACAUAUGGAUCAGGUAACAAUGUAUCUAGCUCAGAACCAAUCAAAGCUACGCCAACAUUCCCUGUUACAACUAAUGCAUGGGCACGAAAAAAAGGAUCCGAAUUGUUCGCUAAAAGCAAGGAUGAUAAUGAAGAAGAAAAAAUGUUGAAAAUGGCAAUUGCUGAAAGCAUCAAAAGUGCUGAAGAACAUUCUCGCUCCAAAGACUCUAUGUGGAAAAAUGACCAAGAUGUUGUUAUUGGUUCAGAAGAUGUUACAUUUCAAAAAAAACAUAACUCCCAAAAUAAAAAAAACUCGAGAGGUCCCAAAGAAAAUAGAUCUAUUAAUUGUUGGAACAAUAGUUCUUUUUCUAAAGAAACUGAUGAUUACGGAUUUACAUCAGAACACAACAAGAUUAAUAAAACUUCUAAGAUUGGAUCUCUAUGGGAAGAUGAAUCUAAAAAUAAUAGAUCUAAAGAGCGUAAAGACUCAAAAAAUAAGUCAAAACAUAAUCAGAAAGAUAAACCUAAAGAAAUUAAGUCCUCUCCUACUGAUAGUCCAUUAAAACCUGAGAAAAAACUCAGACAACGGGGUGAUUGGAAAGAAACUUUCAUUAAAGACAAUUACCAACCAGAAAGGAAUGUAAGAUCAAAUGAUAUUGAUGAUCAAAGGCCUCAACCUCAACCACACGAUUGGAGUGUGCUGACAUCAGGAUGGAAUAAGCCUGAGGAAAGAAAAGAAGAAAAAAAACCAUCUAAUAUGUGGAAUGGUGAUAUGGGUAUCAGUGUUACUAAAAAUAAGUGGGAAUCUACUAAUUGGUCACCAGAGCCUGUUAAAACUGAGUCUAUAGACAUUUGGAGUAGUGAUCGUCCUAAAAGCAAUUCUAUUGUUUGGAAUGAUUCAGUUGAAACCAAAGAUGAUAUUAUAGAUUCAAAACUCGUUCAGCCUGAACGAACUGAAAUAAAGUCUUCCGUAUUUGGCUUGACUGAUUCUUGGGCGCCAAUUACUACUCAAAUUAAAGAACAACCUAAACCUAUAGAGAGUCCUAAGUUUAUUGAGAAAAAACCACUGCCGGCUCCGGAUUUCAAUAGAUAUUUGUUAGAGGCUUUGAGUCAGAGUUCUCCUUAUUCUGUGUCAUCACAUACAGAACCACAAAUAUCUCAAUCAAAUACAGAUAGCUUGUACACGAAUUUAGAGUCUGUACUUCCAAAAUCCUCCAAUUCAGUUUUAGAAACAAAUAACUCUCCAGAGUUUCUAUCCAACCUGCAUUUUUUGGCUAAUAUGACUCAGAUAUGUGAUAGGUUGGGUCUUAAUAAUAAACAACUAUUAUCAGACCUACCAGUUGGUGCAUCCAGUAGUAAUGUUGAGUCAGAUCUUCUUCAGCAAACACCUACGUUGAACCAAAUUCAACAAAAUCUCAAUUGGAAUCAAAAAUCCAAUCAAAAAGUUUACCAGCCAUUUCAGCCAGUGUUGCCACACCAAUCUGACUUUAUGUUGCCUAACCAAUUGUUGCAAUCCCAACAGCAGCAUCAACAGCAGCAACAACAACAACAGCAGCAGCAACCACAACAACCAUCUUUUAUGCCUGCAAAUUCAAGCAACUUCAACAUUGCUGGAAAUAAUGCUUUCCCAACAUUAAAUUUAGAUUUAAAUCCUCAAUUUAAUAAUCUGAUUUACCCAAGCCCUUUGGUACCUCCUCCUAAUGGAUUAUUUCCUUAUCAGCACCAAACAAACAUUGAAAGGUUGGCUAAUUUGUCUUUAACACAAGAUAAAGUUAGCUUUCCUAUGUAUAAUUUGGUCCAAGAUAAACAAACUCGUCAAAAUGAUGCUUUUUCUUCUGUUCGAGAGCCAAUUAAACAAUCUAAACCUGUACAACCUAAUAUGUUUGUACCAAACACGUUACCUAACUCAUACAAUUUUAAUAUUGAUCCAACUCCCCCAUUGUUCCCUGCAAAUUUAUUUUAUGCACAGAUGCCUCAAGAUGUAAACUAUGUGCAGCCAAAUCAGCAGCAAUUCCAUAAUUUCAAGGACCAAAAUGUACAACAUAUGUUUGGUAACCAAAAGUUAGAACAUCAAGUACUGAGGGACAAAAUGUUGAAUGUUGGAAAUCCAUAUUUGAAAGAUUAAUACAUAUGUAGUUACGUAAUUUUAAUACGUCAUCUAGUCAAUGGAAAUACUUAGGUUUUGAUACCUCUGUAGCAUUGAACCCCAUAUAUUGUAUAAGGUACAGUGUUUUAUUUUCGCUUAAUUUUUCCCACCAAUUUCUCCUAGAGUGUGUGUGUUUUUUUGGCAAUAAAUACUUUUUACCCAUUAAUUGCAUCGAUAUUUGUAUCGAUUAUUUUGGGUAAAAUUAA